GGUAUUCUGAACCCGGAUUUAUACCCCUUUCUUCUGGAGCUGGAAGUAAAUGACAUUCGCCCCGGUAAAUUUGCACGGUUAUAGAUGCAGAACUAAACCGGAUAGCACAUCCAGGUCCGGGAGAGUAAAGGGCAGGUGCGCUUUGGAGUCGGCGACUGCGCGGAGAGACAGGGCUAGUGGAUUAGGACGAUACCUGCCUGUGGAGAGCGCGUCAUGCGGACUCGGAUGUCGCGCACUAGAAGCCGUUAAAACCUGUAGGCUGGAGCUAACAGAAAAGCGGAUAUGGGCUCUGCUCUGCGGCGUCGCUGGCUAGUGGUCCAACUCCUGAUGCAGGUGUGGCUGGCAGCAAAUCCAUCUUUAAGUGAGCGCCAAUGUCCCAAGAGUUGUCGCUGUGAUGGAAAAAUUGUUUACUGCGAGUCAAGCGCCUUUCGUGAUGUCCCCAAGAACCUCUCAGGAGGUUGUGAAGGUUUGUCUUUACGAUACAACAGCCUCGCCAGUCUUCGUGCAGGCCAGUUUGUAGGACUCAACCACCUCAUCUGGCUCUAUUUGGACCAUAAUUACAUUGCAUCGGUGGAUGCAAUGGCCUUCCAGGGGGUCCGCAGGCUUAAAGAGUUGAUCCUGAGUUCCAACAAGAUCACAUCUCUACACAACACCACAUUCCACCCUGUCCCUAAUUUGCGUAAUUUGGACCUGUCAUACAAUAAACUGCAAGCCUUGCAGCCAGGACAAUUUCAGGGCCUGCGGAAGCUUCUCAGCCUUCACAUACGCUCAAACUCUCUUAAAAUUAUUCCAAUGCGUCUGUUCCAAGAUUGUAGAAAUCUUGAGUUCCUAGAUUUAGGUUACAAUCGUCUGCGCAGCAUCACUCGAAAUGCAUUUUCUGGCCUGGUCAAACUCACUGAGCUGCAUCUGGAGCAUAACCAGUUCUCAAAGAUCAAUUUCUCUCACUUUCCUCGCCUCUACAAUCUGCGGGCUCUUUACCUGCAGUGGAAUCGCAUUCGCUCAAUGAACCAGGGCCUGACGUGGACCUGGGUGUCCAUCCAGAAACUCGAUCUGUCUGGGAAUGAGCUGACAGAAAUAGAUGCUGUAGUUUACCAAUGCUUACCCAACCUGCAGACCCUCAACUUGGACUCCAACAAGCUGACCAAUGUUUCUCAGGAGGUAGUAGAUGCCUGGAUCUCUUUGACUAUGAUUAGCUUAGCUGGGAAUGUAUGGGACUGUGGCCCUGCCAUCUGCCCACUGGUGGCCUGGUUGAGAAACUUUAGAGGGGCAAAGGAAACCACCAUGAUUUGCGCCUCCCCCAAGAAAGCCCAGGGUGAGAAAGUGAUGGAUGCAGUUGAAGCUUUUGGUGUUUGUAAAUCAAACCAAGCAACAACACUCACAGUGAGUAUUCCUCCUAACCCAUCCAGUGUCCCUGCACAGACUGAGCGCCCAGCUAUCCUUGCCUCACCUACCGAUUCUGGAAAAACAGGUGAGAGACCUCUUAGGCGUCCUACAUCUCCAGCAGUUACUCCACCUGUAGCACUGCCCCCAGAGCAGGACUUGGAGCCUGUGUCUUUCCAUAAGAUUGUGGCUGGAAGUGUUGCUCUUUUUCUUUCUGUUGCAAUGAUCCUGUUAGUAAUAUAUGUGUCAUGGAAGCGCUAUCCAAGCAGUGUCAAGCAGCUGCAGGAGCAUUCAGCAGCAGCCCGCAAACGUCGCAAGAAAACUAGAGAGACGGAGCGCACACUGAGCUCUCCUCUGCAGGAGUACUAUGUGGACUACAAGCCCACCAAUUCUGAGGCCAUGGAUGUGCUUGUCAAUGGGACCGGACCCUGCACCUAUACCAUUUCAGGCUCCCGAGAAUGCGAGGUCCCUCAUCAGAUGGGUGCACUGACCUUCUACCGUUAUGAACAGCCUAUUGUAGACUACUGCCAGGCCCAUCAACCCCUGCGGCUAAACAUGGGCUAUGAGGGACCCCCACAGGGCCUUGAAGGCCUGGAGGACCUGGGGCCAUGUGAUAGAGGCACUAUACAGACAGUGGCGCUGCCAGCCGUGCCCUCUGCUGCCAGCAUAGGUGCCCCCGUACCAGGACCUCGCUCCCCUCCACCAACCCUCAGACCACCAACUGAGGGUCCCAGCAGCAUUUCUUUUCCUCCUUCUGAGCGCACUGGCACACUCAAAUUUGGACGCUAGCGAGCAUGGUUAGAAGGUGGGCAAAGCCCUCUCAUUCACCAUGACUUUGAAAUGAAGGGGCAGGUGAGCUGGCUAUUCAGUGGGGCCUUGUUCUUAGAACAUCAGUAUAUGAACUAGAGGACAAAAUUUUAAAAUUAUGCCUGGAGGUAUUUAGCAUCUGAAACACACAAUUUCAACAAUAUACAGUAGGGUCAGACUUCCUUGCUGAACAUUUUGAUUUUCUUUUCCAAAUCAUAGAAAAAAAAAUAACUCCCUGACUCAAGGGAGGUACAGUAAUUCAGCAUAUGACAUAAAGAUUUACUUUAUUUUCCAAAUCUGAUCUUUACCAUAAUCCCAUGUCAGCAUCAUGGGGCAUCUGUUCACAGAAGCAGCAGCCGGCUUGCUCUGAGUCAGGAGUAAAAGGGAAAGUGCAAUAAACACAAGUUCUUGUUCACAGAAAGUGGGGGCAGUAACAUCAAGCACCUAAGACAUAGAGCUAGAGGUCAUAUGAAGAGAAGAAGGCUUCUUACUGUGAUUAACAUUAAAAUUUCUACUCACUAGCUAUUAAAGAAGGUAGGAAAGGUCAUUAUUUCAUUAAUUACAUAAAUAUAUUGUUUCUUUGGGUGUCAUAUUUUGUACUGAAUUACAUUAAUGUGCAUGUUGAACCAAAGAGUUUACUAAUAUAUUUUUUUUUUUUCUUUUAUGCACAUAAGGUACUUUAAGGACAUUUUAAAAUGUCAGAUGUUCCACUAAACUAGCCUCUGCCAGCUCACAUUUAUAAUUACCACUAAAUCCCUGAUAAUUUCAAAUGAAGUAGAAUUGUCAUAAUGAAACAGAAUGAUCAAGCAUUGCAUACAAAUGGGUUCAUCUUGAAAGUUUAGGAAAGUAUUUAUCAUAAUGGAGUAUCACACCUGGCCUCCCCACAUCAGAUCAGGUCAGUUGUUUUGGUCUUAGUGUUGCAAUGAAAAACAUCAAUCACAGCAGCAUAAAUUGUAUGUUCCAUAAAUUUAUUAAAUAUAUAAAGACCCUUUACACAGAUGAGCAAGUCAUUGUACUGUAUAUGACUAUAUCCCAGCUGAAUAAUUCACUAUGCUUUAAUAAAGCCAAUCAUGGAAAAAUUAAAAUAAGAACAUUUGAAUGAAAUGUUUUGUACAUAUUAUUGAAAAAGGUCUACUUCACUGAAGGUCAAACCACUCUCACUGCCCCAAACAGUAAUUUGAAACAUUGUUGAGUCAAUGUUUGACUUUCAUCAACUGGACUAUUUGUAGAGCACCAUCUCGCUGGGUUGGCUGGGUUUAGGCCACGUGCUCUUCCACCACAGAGAACAACGGUGCCUAGUGGUGGCAUGUUGAACCAGCACGUUGACUUCUCUUUGACCUGCAUAUGACCCCACAGACUAUACUGGAGGUAUUGCCUGACAUCUCCAUUUUUUUCCAGAAAGUGUGCUGGAAUUAAGGGACUUUUUUGUUUCUUCUUUUUGCAAUCAGUAACACUUUGGUCACCGUCUUGAGCACUGCUGCUUACUGACUUAUGGAGCUGCUGAGGAUUUCCGAUACGGCUUGGAUGGCCUGUCAAACAUUGUCCUCACUCACUAACUCAAACAGUGCGCCAGUGCCAUUUUCUACAUGUCAGCGGUCACACUCUAGGGUGUUGUGGAACUUGUCCUUGAUCCUCCUACAGAGUGACUGAUUGAUCCACACAUGAAACUGCAAGGGGCCAACAUUUCCCAAGAAAGAGGGUGCAUAUUCGAGAUGAGAGAACAAAUAGGCUUUUUUUUUUGUUUGUUUGUCUGUUUGUUCUGUUUUGUUAUUUUAUCUUUUUGGCUUGAAAGUUUUUGAGGUGUUCAAAGAUGAUGUCAAGAAAUUCUAUAAGAUAAAUAAAAGGACAAAAUCAAAUAGAACUUAUUUAUCAUGUAAAUAAUGAGUCUUUAAAGAUAAAGGUAUGAACUUCAUUUCUUCUGAAAUACAAACUGCUUGUGAACAGAAGAGGAGCCUUAUUCACUUUCCAGUGGGAAUAUAUUACUAAGAUGACUCAGUGAGGAGGUUCCUACUGUAAUGCUCUUGUUGUUUCAAUGAUGAAUAUUUUUCUAUCUGCUCCCGUCACUAUUCUGCCACUCUACCAUUAAAAACAAAAUAUGUUACUGAAGUUAUUUCUCAAAUCCAGUCAUUUUACUUAAUAACAUGAAGAAGAGAAGAUUGGGAGCCCUGUUAUUGUGAUGUACUUUAAACGCCAAACUUGACAGAGAUUCAUAUUUUCUGUUCUGCCAUCAGGCAUGUUGGAGAAGCCAUCUCACAGGUGGUGAUCAAAUAACGUGUUGUUAGCUACAUCCAGUCCUCUUGUUCAAGAAUUUUAACACUAUCAGCCAUUUCAAAGUCUACUCGGGGAGAAGUGUGCUUUUCUUUAUACCAAGAGUUUAACUUGUGAAGGAUGUUCUUUAUAAUGUGCCAUUAUUUUGUUAAAUGUUUUACCAAAAAAAAAAAAAAAAAAAAAAAAAAAAAAAAAAAAAAACAAGACCCAAAAUGCU